AUGAAAAUCGCUGUAGAUUCGAGUUCUUGGGACCCUACUGCCACGUGUCCCACCCUCCAAGACCCAAAUGUUGUCGUUGUGCUCGGAUUCUCCAAAUACAAACGAGGUCGGGCCCAUACAAACCUGAAUUCGACCCGUAUCGCCCCAGGGAAGAUUGGAAGGUAUCGACAUCUCUAUACCGACCCGGAUGCAGCACUGAGAGAGACGACUGUUACUGGCUUUUCCACCCUUCAUGCUUUCUCUCACGAAACGACUUCAAGCCGUGGUGCCAUGCCUCGGCCGCGGUGGUUAUCAAUUCCGUCUUCUAGAGCCUACGCCGGCGGUCAAUCUAGACGGCGGUCCAAGACUCCGCCGCUGCCGUUUCAGAAGGCGGAGGGGAAGUCUGAGUGGUGGAUAGUAGACGGCGAAAUGCACGAGAUAGGCGAUAACGUGCCCUUGCGCGAGCGCUUUGUUAUCCCCAGAGAGAACAUCCCAAAUAAGCGUCGGAAGCAGCUGAGGGAGCAGUUCAUGCGAAGGACUCGCCUGGUUCUCAAGGAGUCGGAGCACGAGCCAUGGUGCAAAAAAUAUAUGGAAUUAUAUAAUGAGCUAAGGGAAAAUUGGGAGAGACUUUAUUGGGAUGAGGGCUACUCUAAAAAAAUUGCUCAAGACCAUGCAAACUAUGAGUCUGCUGAAGAUGAUGAUGAAGAUUUUCUCCCCUUACAGGACCAGAGUUUUGGAAGAAAUAGGCAAGGUGAUACCUGGGAAAAAGUCAACUUUAUUCGGGAUAAAUUUGAGUAUGACAGAGAGAGAAGAAUGAGAGAUAAAGCUUUUGCGCCCAUGCAUGGUGGAGCUGUGUCUGAUACACGUGAUGCAAAUUCCUGGAACCAGCCACUAAAUGCUGAUCGAUAUUUUAGCCACAAUGGAAGGAGUUGAGAGUAGACAUAUCAGAUUCUGCAGCGUGAAACGGGUGUGCAAUCAUUCUUCCUUCUUCAGAUAGUCCUACUAUCAACAUUUGUGGCUUAGUCUGCUGCUAAAGUAACUUCUACAAGUUUCUGAUGGUUUGUUCAAAAUGCAUGAUGGUGGGUUUCCCAGGCCCUCUGAGAGUAGGAAAAACUGUGAUCUGAAUGGAAAUAUGAUCUAUAUGUUUAAAAAAAUGAGAGAGAGAGAGUAAGCAUUUUAAUCGAGUUGCAUGCCUAAUAAAAAUAGAUUGGCUUUUCGA